GGUAUUUAGUUAACGCUAUCGGGCAACCCUGGCAGGGCACAGAACCGACUUUAUCAGCGGUGAACACAGUCACGCGGUCGCACACCAACUUGUGCGUUCUGCAAUCGCGAUUUGAAGUCGUACGCCGACUAGCAGCGUUUUCCAGCACCAGUCGCGGCAUGUCUUCGGAGGUACCAAACUUGUGGCGUUACUGCAGCCAGCUGAACCAGCUCUGUCCCGACCUGCUGCCGGUCGGCAAGGUGUACGCGGACCUUCGGUGGUCCGGCACGCCUUACACUGCCAGGCGCCUGGACCACAGCGUGGGAUGCACGCACGGGUCGGGCAGCGGCGGCACCAAUGGGGGUCGAGUGUGCCCCGUAUUUGCGUGUCUCUCAGCAUGGAAUGAAUUCCUCAUGUUCAUCAACAUGGAGCUGCGCGAAGCACCUCCCGGUGAGCUCUCACUGACGCGCAUGCAUGGAACAUCCCCCAGUUCACGCUGCCGUUGGAUCGCCCGCGUCCGCCAUGCUGCCGUCCUGGUCCACUGGCUCCUCACAGUGCACCGCUGCGUCCGUCGUGUCGAACUGGACGUGCUCGUGGUGCAGAGAUCAGGCCCGUACUCUGCGCUGUACUACGACGCCUUGCAUCACAGCGCGAACAUUCGCGAGCUCACUCUGCUCGGCUGGCACUCAAACAUGGACGCAACCAAACGCCUCGUCGCGUCCAUCGCCCACAUGAAACGCCUAGAGAGGCUAGACUGCACGAAUGUGGACUUCUCAGAAGAAGCGAGUUUCGCGGAGUACAUCGCCACCACAGGCACGCUGAAGGCGCUCACGUUGAUUAACGUUGCGGCGCAUCCCGGCUGCCUUCCAGCUCUCCGAAAGGCGCUUGUCUCAAACAGCUCCAUAACUGUGCUCUCCGUCAACAUCGAGUAUUUAAGUGGAGACAGCGAUGACGCAUUUUUCUCUUACCUUAAAAAAACUGCCAUCCUCAAGCGCCUCAGCCUAAGCAAGCCUUCUUUCAGCCGAUGCUCUUACCUAGGGGCAGUGUUAGAGGCCCUGUCGCAAAACAAGAGCGUCUCGAAACUAUACCUUGUGGGAUUUACCCUCACGACACCAGAUGCCUGGUCAUUUGCUCGUUUAUUGGACACGAAUCGCGCUCUUAGGAUCAUUGGUUUCAAGUACUGCGAGUGGAACUUACAGGCGGAUGAGUAUUUGUUCCCUCUUUCGCGGAGUUCAAAGAUUGGCGAGUCGGCCCGCACUGACCGAACCCUCUGGAAUGUACUUCCCCUCGCCGUAGCCUUGGAAGUUGUCUCUGGCCUUGAAGAAAUAAUGCUAAAUGUGAGUGCUUUCAAUGCUAGCGAGCAACACGCCCUGCUCUGCGCGGUAGCGUCCAAUAGUACUAUCAAAAAGGUCAAAUUUGAUGCGGUAGCCUCCGACACCAUAAGUUCCUUGUGCGAAGCCCUCCGAAUUACAGGCACGAAAGAUAGAGUAGACCUGGGUGUUGUGGACACAUGCGUAGGAGACCUGGUCCGUGUGCAAGCAUCCUGCAAGGAAGCCAGUGAACUUCGUCUCGAGAUUGCCCCUGAUGAUGAUGCCGAAGCAAUUCUAGAGUGUCUUAAGGUGCUGCCCUCUUGCACCCGUUUGGUCGAGAUGGACCUUUGUCUGGAGGAAACGCCGCUUGACCCCGAACCAUGCCUUCUUCUCUCUGAGUGCAUAGUGCACAGCCAAUCUUUGCGACAACUCUGCAUGAUGUUCUUUGCGAGUGGAGACGCGGUGGUGCUUAUUAUAAAGGCACUCUCUUGCAACCACACAUUAGAGGAUAUUACAAUCGAAAAUUGGAAGCUGGAUGAUGAAAGCAGCUCCUUACUUGCUAGUCUGGUGGCGAACAGUAAAUUCAUUACCCACUUUGUUUUCAGAACACUUUGGUUUGUGGGGCACAAACCUCUCGUGUUUCAUCUCGCCAAACGCCUUGCAUGCAAUACUACCUUGGUGUCUUUGCACAUUGACGAAAAUCGCAAUUUUCAGGAGCAAAUGGCCGCGGCAAUGGACAUUGUCAGACGGAACGCGGCGCUCGUUGAUUGUGGAGCGCACUUUGUGAUGGGUUCAAGGAACAAGCGCUACGCGGAAGCUUUCGAGCGAGUCGCCCGCAGUCCGGCCCUCGUGGCCAGGGUGCAAGAACAGGCCGAAGGUCAAUGUCUCCGUCGAGCGAAUGAUGCGAUCCAGGAAGCCGUGCGAUCUCUCAGGGAUAUGGAAUCAUUCAUGAAAGUUGCGGGCGUGGUGAAGGAUUGCUUGUCGUGGGAUGAGAGCGUCGAAUAUCGUCAGCGCUUGGAUGUUCUGCCCUUUGACUGCUGGCUUCAUGUGAGGCAGUACAUAAAGGUCGCCGACGUGUUACACGAUGAGCCACUCGCCAAUCCUAUUUCGCGACCCAAGCGCGGCCUGUGGCCACGAGUGAUGCGGGGAAGACGCAGCAACAAAGCGCCUCGCUUCAGGAUUUGAGCGGGAUGCCUUCAAUAAUAAGAAAAGCCACGAGCGCGUGCACUCCCUCAGCAAACAUUUUUUCUCUUGUUAACUGCAACAUGGCCCCUAAUUUGUUAUGUUCUCUUCGAAAAAAAUUAUAAUUUAGUUCAUGUUAAUAUUGAACUGCAAUAACAAUGCAAAAGCUAGCUAAGCAACGGGUUAUGUUUUGUGACGAAUGCCAAUAAAAUGGGCCUGCCAUA